AUGGAUGAAAAUGAAUUGAUUUCUUUAUUUACUAAAGCAGAUUUAACUAGUGUGUUUCAUCAGUAUUGUCUUGAUGGGAACUAUAAUGAAGUUCAAGCUAUGAUAUCGAAAUUAACUUACGAAGAAUUAAAUCAAAUUGAACCUAAUGGAUAUACUGCUUUACAUGCAGCCGUACUUUGUAAUCAUUUGGAUAUCGUGAAACUAUUACUCAAUCAUGGAUGUUCUCAAACAAUACUGAAUCGAUAUGGAAGAACUGCUUAUCAAGACGCUCACACAGAUGAAAUGCGUAUUUUAUUUGUUCGCCCACGUUCACAAAGAUUUUUUGAUAAUAAUACUACAGAAUCAUUUAAAUUAUUUAUUGCUAAUGGAAAUAAUAUUGAUAUGAAAAAAGAUAUACCAGAUAGUUGGUUUAAAGGUUAUGUACGAGCUGAAGAUACACGUGAAUCUCAAUUUAUCUUAGCUCUUGGUCAAGCACCAUUUUUAAUAAGAAAAAUCUAUCAAAAUCGAAUUGAAUUCAUUAAUAUGCAGUCUCUAUAUAGUCUAAUUAUUGCAAAUGUUUCAAGAACACAUAAAGAAUAUGUAGAAGUCAAUAAUUUAUACCAGACAUUUGCAAAAAAAAGAAAUAUUGAUCAUCUAUUAAAAUUAUACACACUUGAAACAGAUAUAUAUAGCGCAUUGCAAACUCAACCUGACUCAUUUACUAUUCUAGUUUAUUUAUAUUUAACGGAAUUAAAAGAACGUGCAUAUCGGGGUCAUACUUAUCGUGGUGCAAAAAUGAAUCAGCCAGAUAUUGCAGCAUAUCGAUGGGCACUGUCUAAUCAAAAUUAUAUUCUUGAAACACGUUCUAUUCAAUCGAUGUCCAAGGAUGAAUCAGUGGCUCAAGAGUUUGCUGAAUUACAACCAGGUGAUAAACGUUAUUCUGUCAUAUUUGUUUAUGACUUUCCUGAACGUUGUAAGACGGCUAUUGAUUUAACGAAAAUUUCAAAUGAUCUACCGUUACUCUCACAUUAUGAAAAAGAACAAGAAGUUACUUUACUACCAUUUACAUUGUUCACUGUGUGUAAUAUAGAAACUGCUUCAACAACUAGUCAAUAUCGUAUAACACUCAGAAAUGUUCCUGUACCUAAACAAUCUGCUCUAAUGGCAUUCAAAAAUCUUCGUCAUUAA